AGAAGAGCACAGCGUGUUGAUUGACUCCUGUCGUGCCUCCAUGAACUCCCAGAAUCCUUUGCGGAACUGGACCUCUUUCCCGUGAGGACGAAACGAGCAGCAUCUCAAGCGUCCCUUUGACCGCUUCCUAGAGCCGACAAACAUGGCCGAGACUGUGGAUGAGAAGAUUCAAAACUACAGGACGGCUCCCUUUGACGCCAGAUUCCCCAACACAAACCAGACCCGCAACUGCUUCCAGAACUACCUGGAUUUUCACCGAUGCAACAAGGCCCUGUCAGCCAAAGGCCAGGAUGUGUCUCCCUGUCAGUGGUACCAGAGGGUUUAUAAGAGCCUCUGUCCAAUGGGCUGGGUGGCUAAAUGGGACGACCAGAUAGAAAAUGGAAGUUUUCCUGGAAAGAUCUGAAGUCAGAAGCUUCUAUCCGGUCGUGAGGUUGUUACUCAAACCCUUACCUCUGUAGUGUGCCUGAAGACAUCUCCAUCACAUCUGUAUCACUUCAGUCAUCAGUGCGACUAAUUUAAACUGUAAACGCACAGAGCUGUUACCAUGUGAAAGUUUAGUUUUUCUCUCUUUAUAGUCUUUCAUAUUGCAUUAUUGAUUCUAUAGAUUCAGUGUAGAGUAAUAAUCACAUUGUUACAAAGUUAAAGAAAUGUGUUGUAGCUUUCUGCCAGGCACAGUAAACAACAUUUCAAGCAUAUGUUUGUUCUGAUGGAAAUGUUACAAAUUUCUUUCCCUUUGUAGUUGUUACUUUAACCCAGAUUGCAAAGUAUUUCAUCACAGAAUCAGAUAAAAUCAUCUGGGAACUCACAGUUAAUUACUAAUAGGACUACCUCGGACAUUGUGUUCACAUGUGUAAUUUGGUCAGAUUCAGAUUUCAUUGAGUUUUAAAACAUUUGUAAAAUAAAAAUAAAUGUUUCAACUCCU